GUUUUUCGACCACGACGACGUUCUGAAAGGUCGAGUUCUCUACCUUUUUCUGCUUCAUUUUCUUCCAAAAUGUCCCGAAAUAAUCUCACAAUGACUCCCCGACGCUCCAAACGAGGCCAGCCGAUCGUGACUUCACCAAGUAAAGUCAACAGAACGAGGAAAGCGACAUGGUUAUCCGAAUCCUCAUACGAACGACCUACCGACCCAGAGCUUGACUUGUUCCCAGAUGAACUGGAAAGAUGGAGAGAGGAAAUGGAGGGCGGCCAGGACACGCAACCACUGCACGACUGCCAGACACGGUUUUACGCCGAACUGGAGAUCGCGAACCCUUGGGCACGAAGGACAAGUAAAGGCAAAGGAAAGGCGAAGGGACCUUCACCGGAGGAUACGAUGUCUUAUAAGAUUGGUGAUACGGUGCUUGUGGAGACGUUCAACUACAUGCAUAUGGCAAAGAAGGUGCCUAACGUUGCGGUUAUAGUCGAUAUGUGGGAGACGGAUUAUUCUGGGCCAGAGGAGACGGGGAAGAUGAAGGUUUUGGUUCAUUGGUUCGUCAGACCGAGUGAGCUACCAACAUAUCGUGCGAAGAGGAAUCAUCAUGAGGAUGAGAUCUACUACUCGUUGUCGGGAAGCGAGGUUUUGGACCCUCUGCUUAUUGUAGCACCAUGCAAGGUUCGCCAAGGAAUGGUGAAUGAUAUACCUAAAUCGCCUUCGAAGAUGACAUGGAAACUUCAGCGGAUUGAUGAAGCCUCGGAAUCGGACGACGAUUCGUGUUCGAAACGUUUAGAAGACAAGACACGAUCUUUCCAGUGUCGCCUCGCGGUUGACUCUAGGAAGGGACUCUAUUAUACGUUUGAGUGGAACGACCUCCGAAAUAGUGCACUCAGUUCGUACGAGUCCCGAUCUGGCGAUGGCCGAGGAAGAAUAGCAGCGUGUAAACUCUGGGAUUUAGACCCUCGCCGUUACACUGAAGAUGACGAGAAGGUUACUGAAAAGGUGGAGCGACCGCGAAAGAAAGUGAAGAAGGUGCAUGAAGAAGAACAGCAAAGUGAUGCAUCGAGUGGAGAGGAGUUCAAGGCACCUGCAUCUGAAGAUGGAAGUGAGGACCAGGAGGAAGAGGAAGCGGUAGAGGAGGAAGAAGAAGAGGAGGAGGAGGAGCCAGAAGAGGACGAUGGUCAGCAAAAGAUACCGCGCACCCCCCGUAAACGAAAACGAGUAGCUACUAGUAUCUUCACCACACCAAAGCGACCUCGCGGAAGACUUCAGAUCCAACCGACCCCUCAUUCCAAAGCAGCAAUACGACGCCGUCAGAAGUCUUCCUCGCCGAGUAAAAAGAAGGCAGUUCAUCUUGUGAGAGCUUACAGUGCUCCAGACAAGGUGCUCAAGAGUCUUCCUCAAGAUCCUUGGCUUCGCGCUAUGCACGUUUUACACGUUGGAAGUCGGCCCGAGAUCCUUCCCUGUCGAGAGGACGAAUACGAUUCAGUUCUCCAGACUAUACGAGAUAUGGUCGAGGAAGGAAGUGGAGGGUGUCUUUAUAUAUCAGGUCUACCGGGCACUGGAAAAACUGCCACGGUAUACUCGGUGAUCCGAGAACUACAGCGUAUGGCACAAGAUAAUGAAACCAACCCUUUCACCUACUGCGAAAUUAAUGGUCUCAAGAUUCCCGAUCCUUCGACUGCGUAUACCAUGCUUUGGGAGGCGGUAUCCGGACAUGAUGUCACCAAAGAAGGUCAUCUCAAAAUCACAGCCAAAGAAAGUCUCAAGUCUCUGAGCAGGUAUUUUGGUGGGGGUGCUGGAAGAGGACGAGGGCCCGCGGCGCAUUCCUGCGUCGUGCUGAUGGACGAACUCGAUCAAGUGGUGACAUCGAAACAAGACGUUAUAUACAACUUUUUCAACUGGCCUACGAUCGCAAACAGUAAGCUUAUUGUGAUCGCGGUCGCCAACACCCACGAUUUACCCGAACGUGUGAUGACUGGACGUGUCCGAAGUCGGUUAGGAAUGAAACGGGUCAACUUCGAACCUUAUAAAACGCUUCAACUCGAGGAGAUAGUGAAAGCUCGAUUAAAGACUGCGUCGGAUACCCUGCAAAGCAAAAACGUUAAGGAGGUUUUAGAUGUGGAUGCGAUUAAACUGGUAGCGAUGAGAGUGAGUGGUAUCACGGGUGACUGCCGGAGAGUACUCGACAUAUGCCGGCGUGCAGUGGAACUCGCUCGCUCAGAAGCCAGAACAGCGAAAUCACCGGACAUCUUAACAGUUAUGCAGAUGAUGCAAAACAGUCCAACCGCAGCUUAUCUGCGCGAGUGCAGUCUUCACGAACGUAUAAUGUUGGCCUCCCUUGUAAAAUGUAUCAAGAGAGAAGGUAUCGAGGAAAUCAAGCUCGGAGAUGUUCAAUACCAGCACCUCAUCUAUGUGGAUUCGCUCACGUCUGAGGAUGACCCCAGGCGAAGGCCUUUCCUAAGCGAGCUGGAUAUGGUGCUACAAUCACUUGUCAGUUCACGCGCGAUGCUGCUUGAGGACGGUGGAGCUGCAAUGAGGAAGCCGGAGGGUGAGAGGAAAGUGGUACUAAAUUUGGAUCAAUCAGAGGUGGAGAGAGUUUUGAGCGAUGUUGGAGGUGAUAUCUGGAAGAAGAUCCUAAAUGCAUGAGCUCAGUAUUCCGAUGCACGUAAAUUAAUAGCUGUGACCUUAUAACAGGAGUUCUCUCCUCGCACUGGGUAACGCAUACAUCGCGAA